AAACGACGGAGACGCGCAGCGUGUCUCCUCAGCAGCUCCGGGAGAGAAGAAUGGGAAAAGGGAAUGUGACUGUAUAUGUAGACGAGCCAAUGUGGGAAAACAUGAGCACAACGGACAGUUUUUAACUAGAUUCCUCUUUAAAACAGAUAAUUACACAUAUCAUAGACUAUCAGGAGUUUUUCUUCUUCUUUUCCCUGAGGAGAGGGAUAUUUGCUCCCAUUGGAGAACACAGGAGAGGAGAGGAUCCUCUUUGUGAAUCUCAUUUGACUGGGAUAAGAGCCCAGUCACAGAGUGGAGUAGCUGUUUCAUCUGACCUUUAACCUCAACAGGAAGAAGGGAAAGCCACUUCAGAGAUGGAGCAGGUGUCAGAUGAUGAGUUGGACCACGGAGCAGAGGAGGACAGCGAUAAGGAGGACCAGGACCUGGACAAGAUGUUUGGAGCCUGGCUGGGAGAGCUGGAUAAGCUCACACAGAGUCUGGAUGAUGGCAGGCCCCAGAAAACACUGCAGAAGCCCCCUCUCAGACAGGAGACAAACAUGGCCAACUUCUCCUACCGCUUCUCAAUGUAUAACAUAAAUGAGGCGUUGAACCAGGGCGACACAGUGGACCUGGACGCCCUGAUGGCUGACCUGUGCUCCAUCGAACAGGAGCUCAGUACCAUUUCCAAGCCAAACUCCACGUCUCGCGGCCAGAGCAAAGCCCAGCAGCGGGGCCCUGGGGGGCGCAGUGCCAGUACCAAGCACGCAGGCACCAGUGGAGGGGGAAGCAGCGGAGGAAGCGCCAGUAGCAGUACCCGGGCAUCGCCGGCCAACACAGUACGAGGCGGCAGUGUCGGCGGCCGCCCCGCAGCCUCCAACAUCUCCCUGGAUGACAUCACCUCUCAGCUGGAGAGAGCCUCUCUCAGCAUGGAUGAAGCAGCACGUCAGACCUCUUCCUCCUCCUCCUCUUCCUCCUCCUCUUCCUUCUCCUCCACCACGCUCCGACGGCCCUCGUCUGGGUCAUCUGGCGGCGGGCAACACCGGAGGACAGGCUCAGUGGGCACGGUCAGCGAGCAGGAAGCUCCGUCCCAGCGGUCCAGUGUAAAUUCAGCAUGUGCCUCAGCGUCCAGCAUGGACUCCCUUGACAUUGACAAAGUGAUGGCUGGUGGAGAGGUGGAGGGCCAGAGCAGCUCAAGCACGCAAGGACAAAACCAGACCAGCACAGAGCAUGUCACACUGCGACGGGACAAUGGUAAAGCAGCCAGGCGGCAGCUUGACUUCACCUCACGAGAGGGUGAAAUGGAUCGGGCCACUCACUCCUAUCUGGACCGAGAAACCUCGCUCAUUUUGAAAAGCAUAGCUGGGAAGCCUUCUCACCUCCUGACCAAGGAGGAGCAAGCUGCCAAACUGAAGGCAGAGAAGAUCCGAGUCGCCCUGGAAAAAAUCAAGGAGGCACAGGUCAAAAAGCUGGUGAUCAGGGUCCACAUGUCAGACGAGAGCUCGAAGACCAUGAUGGUGGAUGAGCGGCAGACAGUCAGGCAGGUGCUGGACAGCCUGCUGGAUAAGUCACACUGUGGCUACAGCCCUGAUUGGUCUCUUGUAGAAACCAUCACUGAGCUACAGAUGGAGCGUAAUUUUGAGGAUCAUGAGAACUUGGUGGAGAAUCUCUUAAACUGGACCCGGGACAGCCACAACAAGCUGAUGUUCAUCGAACGCAUCGAGAAAUAUGCUCUUUUCAAGAACCCUCAGAACUAUUUGUUGGGGCGGAAGGAGACAUCCGAAAUGGCUGACAGGAAUAAAGAGGCUUUAUUAGAGGAGUGUUUCUGUGGCGGCUCUGUGUCUGUGCCAGAGAUUGAGGGCAUCCUGUGGCUGAAGGAGGAUGGGAAGAAGUCAUGGAAGAAACGCUACUUCCUCCUCAGAGCUUCAGGGAUUUACUACGUCCCCAAAGGCAAAGCCAAGGCAUCCCGAGAUCUUGUGUGCUUCCUGCAGUUGGACCAUGUGAACGUGUAUUACGGCCAGGACUACCGCAGCAAAUACAAGGCUCCCACUGACUACUGCCUGGCCCUGAAGCAUCCACAAAUCCAGAAGAAGUCACAGUACAUCAAGUAUCUGUGCUGUGAUGAUGUCAGAACCCUGCACCAAUGGGUGAACGGAAUUCGCAUCGCCAAGUAUGGGAAGCAACUAUAUGUGAACUACCAGGAAGCCAUGAAGAGGACAGAGGCAGCCUACGAUUGGUCAUCUCUAUCUACCUCCAGCAUCCGAUCAGGCUCCAGUUCUGCCAGCAUACCUGAGUCCCAGUCUAAUCAUUCAGGCCAUUCAGACAGCGGGGUGGACACGGGCUCUUCUCAUGGCCGGUCCCAGAGUGUGGUGAGCUCCAUUUUUUCUGAGGCCUGGAAGAGAGGUACCCAGAUCGAGGAAAACACUAAGCAGAUGAGAAUGGAGGCCUCCAGAGGGGCCACCCUGCCGCAUGCUUCCCACAGUCACCGGCAUCACAGCCAGCAUUCAGUGGAUCACCCAGCCCUGACGCCCCAGCCUCAUCCCCAGCCUCAUCCCCAGCCCCAGGCUCAGCAACCCCAGGCUCAGCAACCCCAGGCUCAGCAACCCCAGGCUCAGCAACCCCAGGCUCAGCAACCCCAGGCUCAGCAACCCCAGGCUCAGCAACCCCAGGCUCAGCAUCCACCAAUGUACCCCCAGACACCGACCCAGCCACAACACCAGCACCAGCCUCAGUCUCCUCAGCCGGCCCCACAGCCGCCCCCCCAGCUGCAUCAGCGCCCUCAGCAGUUACCGCAGUCUCCACAACAGCAGCAGCCACAAACUAUCAAUAACUACAACCACAUGCCCCUACAGCAGCAACAGCUGGCCCAGCCACCCCCACCUCCUCCUCCACCGCCUCCCCCUCCGCCCCUACCCCCAGUUCAAAUGGUGUCGCACCACUCACCGGCUCCCACCAUGUACAAGUACAGCACGAUCACCAGGCUGCAGAACCAGAAGCCCUCCCAGGCUGCCAAUCACCACAAGUUGCCCAGUCACCUCCAUGCAAUAGCUCACCAAGUUCUUCCCUCAGCACCACCUGCAGCACAGGUCAAACCCAAUGUGAAUCACAUUGCAGCAAGGACUAAUGUCCCGCCUCCUCCUCCUCCUCCCCCUCCACCCUCCAUGCCAACGCCUGGGUCAGCCAUGGCUGUGUUAAAGCUGGGCCCUCCCAGCCCAGCUGCCCCGCCUGCCUUCAUUCCUCCUCCCCCAGCCCCUCCACCUGCUCCACAGACCAAUGGAGUAGCAUUUCCUCCACCUCCUCCUCCUCCCCCACCCCCUCCUGCACCAGCUCCCAUGAGUGAGCCUGUGUACCCCAACGGGCUGAAGCAGGCAUUGAAGGAAAGGUUUCCCAGCCCGCCACGGGACCUCCUCUCUCCAAAUGGAGGCCUUGAUGAGUCCCCACCGCCUGCCCCCGCACCACCACCGCCACCUCCUCCACCUCCACCUCCGCCACCACCUCCUCCACCUCCCCAGCAGUUCCCAGUGCCAGCCCAGUUCCCACCUCCUCCUCCACCGCCACCAGCGCCACCCAAAACCUUCACACCGGGCUUUGUGCCUCAUCCUGCCCCCAAACCUGUGUCACCUGUUUCCCCAUUCCCUCCUGCCCCACCUUCUGCUGCCCUGGGUGGCCCGGCCCCGCCGCCACCUCCACCCCCUCCUCCACCUGCACCCUUCAAGAAGCAGUUCAGCCUCCAGGCAGGCCACACCUCCAGCCACCCCCCUCCGACUCUGCCAAAACAGCACAGCAUGUCUAAGCAAACACCCAUUUCCACAGGAUCCCCUCCUACUAUGUCUUUGGUGAAACAACUUGCAAGUCAGUUUCCAGGAGCUUCAUCCCAAGUAGCCAAUCACACAGAGAGCCCCAAAGCCCCCCUCUCCCCACCUGCAGUCAAGACCAAACCAAAAUGGCAGCCAGGGGGUGGCCAACUGCAGUCUCCAGAGUUCCCUCCUCCUCCUCCAGACAGCAACACUGGUUUCCCUGCCCCUCCUCCUCCUCCGCCACCUCCUCCAGCCCCUGUCACGGGACCAACUCCACCUCCUCCUCCUCUCCCUCCUGGAAACCUUGGCUCCCCCACAAAGAGGUCACCCUCUGGCUCCUCCAAUUUGGCAGGCAAGAAACCUCCUCCCACCCCGCAAAGGAACUCCAGCAUAAAGUUCAACUCCUCAGCUUCCUAUGAAGAAUCCAGGAGAAACUUGCUCAGCAAGUUCGCUCCCAAGAGCAACACCCCUCCUUCCUCCCCAUGUCCCACCUCCUCCUCCAUUGGAUCCCCUUCCAAAGACCCCUCAACUGGACCCCCUGCUCCCCCAAAACCAGGCAAGCUUAACCUGUCCAACCUUCCCUUGGCACUCCAAGCCAAAGUGAGCCAGGCAAAGCAGUCCAGUGGCGACUUCCCGUCCCCACCACCUGAGUGUGCCUACUUCCCACCUCCUCCCCCCGCUUCUGAGCUCUUCCCACCUCCUCCACCUCCUGGUAGUGACGCACACAGUGGAGGACCUCCUAGGGUAGCUGUGGUCAACCCCCAGCCACAGGCUCCCCCUCCCCCUCCGCCUGUCCCCCUUGUCAGCAACUCAUCAUGGGGGAAGAGCUCAUUGAAAAAGAUUCCUCCACCCACACACGUGCGGCGUAGUAACACCACCCCGGAGCCCCCUCCACUCUCACCACCUCCACCCACCUCCCCAAAGGGCAGCUCAGGCCAGCCCAAUUUCCUGGAUGAUCUCCACCGGACACUAAAGCGAAAGUCAGUGGGUCGCCAAGGUUCUCUCAACUCUGUUGGUCUCACGGGCAAGUCUGAACCGGCGGGAACUAUGGACGACAUGGCACUGCCUCCGCCGCCCCCUGAGCUGCUCCUGGACCAAGGAAAGCAAAGCAAUGGAGGAAAUGGUGGCUACAUGUCCGGAAACAUCUCAGGCUAUGCAACUCUACGACGAGGACCUCCACCUGCACCACCGAAACGGGGGGACGCCACCAAACUUACUUGAGAGUGUUGAACUUGGAGAUCAGGACACAACAAAGGUGGAUGAAUAGACAAUGAAGUGAACACUCAUUCAUGAAAUGGGAAUGAAUUCCUUCUGUCCUCUUGAGAUCACAAUAAUAAAUAGAAGACUGUGUAUAUACAAAACCCAAACCAGACCAUGGUCAAUUAGUGUUUUUGCAUUUUUUAACAUGCUUGGCAUUCUGGAUCAGUGGGGUUUACAAUAAUUGGGACAAUUAAGACUGGAGCAGGUAAGUUUGGGGUCACAGAAAAGUCACAGAAAAUUUUCUGCAAUUGUCUAAACUCUCUGGAAGACAUUGAAUUGCCCUGUAUGGUAAACCCCACCCAUCUGGUACACCAAGCAGGUUUAAAUAAAUACUAAUAAGAACUGUGCAAAUAUUAGUGGAUCCAGGUCUGAGCCAAACCACGUGUCCGCUUCUUUGUCAUAAGUUUGUGCCGCAUACUGGAGACAAAAAAAAACCCACAUCAUGAUCGUUCUGCUUUGGUAUUGCAUGGACCUCAUGUAAGAAUAAGCUGUAAAACAUGAAGCUGUUCCGGUGUGUGAGCAUGAAUGAGAGAGAGAAACUGAGACUGAAUAUGCAUACAUGCAUUGUGUGCAUGCAUGUAUGUAUGAUUUUAUGGUGGUGAAGUAGUUAACAAUUAGGGAAGGCCUUCGCGGAGCGGGGAUGGUUAAGUUUGCUUUUAUAUAAAAUAUUUAAUGAUUGAUAAGUGGAAGGAUUUUUUUUUUGUAAGUCUGUCUUUUAAUAGCUGGUCAACAAAGUCUAGUUAGGAACAAAACAUUAGGGCACAAUGGAAUGUAUAUGGCAAGGUGAGUUUGAAAACAAAUACACACCAAGAAGGCAGUUAUUCAGUAAAAAAACAAACAAAAAACACUCAAACCGAUAAAACUUUGAAAUCUGUUUUCUCAGACUAGACUGUUUCACUACUUGGCAAAUGCAAAUCAGAAGGAAGCCUUAUUCCCAAAGUCUUGCGCAGAGGUCAAAGCAGAAAGGAGAUUUCUUCCAAAGGUCCAGCAGAGUCUGGACUGUGCAACUGGAAAAGAAAAAUACAAUUUGUUUUAUUUAAUGGACUCCUGUAAAUGGAGAGGGGAGGCCUGUGAUGGUGUGUCUUCGUGGACUGUGCGAGUUCCCCGUGUAUUGGCUUGAUUUUGGACCUUAUCCUUCAGUUUGUGUCUGUACAGUUGCAGCUGCUACUCCGUUAUUGUCGGUCCCCGCCGCCUUCUAAAGUCACAUGGUAUAACAAUUCUGGAAGUAGAAUGUACAGGUUGGAUUCAGUCAUGUGAAAUAAACUCUACUUAUCCAAGGUGACCCGGUUGAAAAAAAACAUACAUUUGUCUGGUUAAUGUACAGAGCAUUAAAUCAUGUAGUCAAUAACAGAAAUCAUUUGACUGUCAUUAGACUGAAUGUUGCUUUCAACUGUGUGUCUAUCGUAUUUUGUUUCUUCAUGGUGCCAUUACUACGUCAGCCCGUGGUGCACAUGGACUAAGGUUAUCUCUUGAUUUUGUACCUACAGAGUGGAUCAUGAAGGGUUUUUCAUUUCUAUCAGCAGUGCUGGUGCUAGUGCUGUCCUUCAAGGAACUCAUUCUCAACGUCCUUGUGCCAUGGUGACAUAUCAUUAAUAUAUCAUUAAUAUUUCAGACCAUUCAAACUGGUUUUAAUUUGGCUUUAGUGUGGAAAUGUGUGCUGUGAAAAAGGUUUACAUGCUAGUGUUCAGAGGAGACCAUUACAUCCACAUGUCCAGUGAGCUUAUCAUGAAGAUGGUAUUGGUUGUUUCCACAGGAGCCUUGUUCUUUUGUCCCACAGUGGUUUGAUUGCCACUUGAAGGCAGUGUACCAUGUGUUAUAACUGAAUAUCAUUGUCCUUAACAGGAUGUUUGCUACAGUACAGUAUGUAAGUUAUUAAUGUGCUGAUGUGAACAUGUGGGGCCAAGUGAAAUGAAGAAAAAUGGUUGCAGAUAGAGUAAAUGUGUCCCCUUGCAUUUAAACUGAAAACCACAAUAUAAAUGUUCAAACUAGACCUCA